UCAACCUAUAUUUAUUCAAAUGAAAAAGGAGACAAGAGUAUGCAUUAAGUAAAAUGAGAUAAAGCCUGAAUUUCAUUUGUUUCUGCUGUCAUUGUUUCCAUUACCACUGGUGAUUCAACUGGAUGUGUUCAGGCACGAAUGAAUUAUAGUGGCGGAUGGAAGUAUGAUGUGAUGGAUAUAAUUAUGGGACACUGUGUGGGUAGACGGCCUUCUCCUCCUUGCCUCAUCUUCCUGCUUCUCAAGCUUUUGGCCACUGUCUCCCAGGGGUUACCAGGGACUGGACCCCUGGGCUUCCAGUUCACACAUUCCAUUUACAAUGCUACAGUGUACGAGAACUCGGCAGCAAGGACCUACGUAAACAGCCAGAGUAGAAUGGGCAUCACCCUCAUAGAUCUGUCCUGGGAUAUCAAAUACAGAAUAGUGUCUGGAGAUGAGGAAGGGUUUUUUAAAGCAGAGGAAGUCAUCAUUGCAGAUUUCUGUUUUCUCAGAAUAAGAACUAAAGGUGGCAAUUCUGCCAUAUUGAACAGAGAAAUUCAGGACAAUUAUUUAUUGAUAAUAAAAGGAUCUGUCAGGGGAGAAGAUUUGGAAGCAUGGACCAAAGUGAACAUACAGGUCUUAGAUAUGAAUGAUCUGAGACCUCUGUUUUCACCUACAACCUACUCUGUUACCAUAGCAGAGAGCACACCACUGAGGACUAGUGUGGCCCAAGUGACAGCCACAGAUGCAGAUAUCGGGUCCAAUGGAGAAUUCUAUUACUACUUUAAAAACAAAGUAGAGCUCUUCUCUGUUCAUCCCACAAGUGGAGUCAUCUCUUUAAGUGGACGAUUAAACUACGAUGAAAAGAGUAGGUAUGAUCUGGAAAUCUUGGCUGUCGACCGUGGCAUGAAACUCUAUGGCAAUAAUGGAGUGAGCAGUACCGCAAAGCUCUAUGUUCACAUUGAACGCCUAAAUGAACAUGCUCCAACCAUCCACGUGGUAACUCACAUUCCUUUCUCCUUGGACAAAGAGCCGACAUAUGCAGUGGUGACAGUUGAUGACAUGGAUGAGGGAGCCAAUGGAGAGAUUGAGUCUGUCUCCAUUGUGGGGGGAGAUCCUUUAGACCAAUUCUUCCUGGCUAAGGAAGGAAAAUGGAUGAAUGAGUUCAAGAUUAAGGAGAGGAAGCAGGUUGACUGGGAGAAUGUUUUCUAUGGUUACAAUCUCACUCUUCAAGCAAAGGACAAAGGCUCACCUCAAAAAUUUUCAGCAUUAAAAAUGGUCCAUAUUGCCAACCCCAAAAAAGACACCGUUCCAGUUAAAUUUGAAAAAGAGGAGUAUGAUGUGAGCAUAAGUGAGUUUUCCCCUCCAGGGGUCAUGGUUGCUAUAGUAAAACUAAGUCCUGAGCCUCUACAUGUGGAAUACAAAUUGUCUCCUGGUGAGGAUGCAGAGUACUUCAGAAUUAAUCCUCGAUCAGGGCUGAUUGUCACAGCACUGCCACUGAAUACUGUGAAGAAGGAAGUCUACAAAUUGGAGGUGACAAACAAGGAAGGAGAUUUGAAAGCACAAGUCACUAUUGGCAUUGAAGAUGCAAAUGACCAUACUCCAGAAUUUCAGCAGCCACUGUACGAUGCUUUUAUAAAUGAAAGUGUUCCUGUGGGAACUAGUGUCCUGAUGGUUUCAGCUUAUGAUAAAGAUAAAGGAGAAAAUGGAUACAUUACCUACAGUAUUGCCAGCCUGAAUUUACUACCCUUUGCCAUUAACCAGUUUACAGGUGUUAUUAGCACAACUGAAGAAUUAGAUUUUGAAUCCUCUCCAGAAACAUACAGGUUUAUUGUUAGAGCUUCUGACUGGGGAUCGCCAUACCGCCAUGAAAGUGAGGUCAAUGUCACUAUUCGAAUAGGAAAUGUCAAUGACAACAUCCCUCUCUUUGAAAAAGUGGCUUGCCAAGGAGUUAUUUCCUAUGAUUUUCCAGUUGGUGGUCACAUCACAGCUGUCUCAGCGAUCGAUAUUGAUGAACUUGAACUUGUAAAGUACAAAAUCAUUUCUGGAAAUGAACUUGGAUUCUUUUAUUUAAACCCAGACUCGGGUGUUUUGCAGCUUAAAAAGUCACUCAUGAAUUCCGGCAUUAAAAAUAGUAAUUUUGCCCUGAGAAUUACAGCAACAGAUGGAGAAAAUUUUGCAGACCCCAUGGCUAUUAACAUUUCAGUUCUUCAUGGGAAGGUGUCUUCAAAGAGCUUCAGUUGCAGAGAAACUCGGGUAGCUCAAAAGCUGGCAGAAAAAUUACUCAUUAAGGCAAAAGCAAAUGGGAAACUAAAUCUGGAAGAUGGAUUUCUUGACUUUUAUUCUGUUAACAGGCAAGGACCACAUUUUGACAAGUCUUUUCCUUCUGAUGUGGCUGUGAAGGAGGAUAUGCCAGUGGGAACUAACAUCCUGAAGAUUAAAGCCUAUGAUGCUGACUCUGGCUUCAAUGGAAAGGUGCUGUUUACAAUCUCUGAUGGAAAUACAGACAGUUGCUUUAACAUUGAUUUGGAGACUGGGCAACUUAAAGUCCUCAUGCCUAUGGAUCGAGAGCACACAGACCUCUAUCUCCUUAAUAUCACCAUCUAUGACCUAGGGAAGCCACAAAAAUCAUCAUGGAGGUUGUUGACCAUCAACGUGGAGGAUGCUAAUGACAAUAGCCCAGUUUUUCUUCAAGACAGUUAUUCCAUUAACAUUCUGGAAAGUUCAAGCAUUGGCACUGAGAUUAUUCAAGUGGAAGCCAGAGACAAAGACUUGGGGUCAAAUGGGGAAGUGACUUACUCAGUCUUGACUGAUACACAGCAGUUUGCCAUUAACAGUUCAACUGGAAUUGUUUAUGUAGCUGACCAAUUGGAUCGGGAAUCCAAAGCAAACUAUUCUUUGAAAAUAGAAGCCAGAGACAAGGCAGAAAGUGGUCAACAGCUUUUUUCAGUUGUUACGCUCAAGGUUUUUUUGGAUGAUGUCAAUGACUGCUCCCCAACUUUUAUUCCCAGUAGCUAUAGUGUGAAGGUUCUGGAAGAUCUCCCCAUUGGCACUGUCAUUGCUUGGUUGGAAACUCAUGAUCCAGACCUUGGAUUGGGAGGUCAAGUGCGCUAUUCCUUGGUGAAUGACUAUAAUGGGAGAUUUGAAAUAGAUAAAUCAAGUGGUGCCAUUCGCUUGAGCAAAGAACUAGACUAUGAAAAACAGCAGUUCUAUAAUCUCACAGUUCGGGCUAAAGACAAAGGACGGCCUGUCUCUCUCUCAUCUGUUUCCUUUGUUGAGGUGGAAGUGGUGGAUGUCAAUGAAAAUCUCCACACUCCCUAUUUCCCAGACUUUGCUGUCAUUGGAUCUGUAAAGGAAAACUCACGCAUUGGAACAAGUGUGCUGCAGGUGACUGCCCGAGAUGAAGACUCUGGGAGGGAUGGAGAGAUUCAGUACUCCAUCAGGGAUGGCAGCGGUCUGGGAAGGUUCAAUAUCGAUGAUGAAAGUGGGGUCAUCACUGCUGCAGACAUUCUUGAUCGAGAGACAACGGGGUCGUACUGGCUGACAGUGUAUGCCACAGACCGAGGCGUGGUUCCACUCUAUUCUACCAUUGAGGUCUACAUCGAAGUGGAAGACGUGAAUGACAACGCCCCGCUGACCUCAGAACCCAUUUAUUAUCCUGUUGUCAUGGAAAAUUCUCCCAAGGAUGUAUCUGUCAUUCAGAUCCAGGCUGAAGAUCCAGACUCCAGUUCCAACGAAAAACUGACGUACAGGAUUACAAGUGGGAACCCUCAGAAUUUUUUUGCCAUCAAUAUCAAAACAGGUAAGAGUAUGACUUUUGUACUUGGUAGACCAGCUUUUAAAUUCAUCAGGCUGAUGUUUGUUACACAUAUUUGUUGA